AGUAUUUGUUGAAUAGUAGACGCAAUAAGAGCGUGUAUCGUAGCGCGCGCGCCGCUUCUAAAGUACGAAUGAAAUAAUUUUUACAAGUGGAUUUUGUUUUAUCCUUCGGAUUUCAUUCUUUCAGCGUGUGUUGUCUAUUGUGUCUCAAAUUGAAACUCAUUCAAUCAAACGGUUUUGGGUUUUAAUUGUUUAUUAAGACCGAGAAAAUUUGGUGCAGAAACAACAACAAAAUCUGGUGUAUUUGAUACACCAUUUAAUUAUUUAGUGUAAAUAAAGUCGUUAAUACGAAUGUUUAAAUAUUAUCACCGUGAAAUGUCUUCAUAAUGGAUCAAUAAAGAAAAAUUUGGUUCCCAGAAGAUGUUCACAUUGGAAUGAUGGCGAUGAACAAUGUAUGCAGAACUUAGAACCGCACAACUUGUUCAAAUUUCUAUUUAAAAACCGCGAAAAAAGCCAACAACAAAACAUACAAACAAUCAAAUAUUUACGUACAUUGUUCGACGUCACCAGACACUGUUGCGUGUAAGUUUCAAUGUUAUUGUUUUGAGUGAGCAAGUGUGUGCCAUACGGUGAACUGAACGCGUUUAAAAAUGAACGCAGAACAUUUGAAUUUGCCGCUGCGUGUUGAAUUUGUUCGGAGAGAAACGAAACCUGUAUACAGGUUUCAUCCUAUAGGAUGAAUAAUUGACAGCGCGUUUUGCGCGAAAAAAAGUCUCAAUAUUAUUAUUACUUUAGUUUGAACAAACAUUUAAAAUCGCACACACGCCAAAAAUUUCGGCUGUGGAAUGGUUCUACAGCGAAAAGACACAAACAAAUGAUGUAAUUUUUCGCUUUUUCGGUUUGAAUAUUCAUUUAUUUGUGCGACGGUUGAUUCGAUCGAACGUAUAAAUAUUUUAUAUGGUGACAGAUGGUGAUUGCAAGAGGAGAGAUCAAAACGGAGGUUUUUUUUCCCUCUUCGGUGCAAAACUGAAAUUCAGUUUCAAGAGAAGCACAAAUUAAUUUUUAUGUCAUUCAAACGAAACGAAAGGAGAAAUAAAAACGAAUGAAAUUUAUGUGAGUGUACCAUAAAUUGGAUAGAGGUAUUGAUGUUGCACUAGUUCCUAUAUUCACGUUGAAAGUACCGACACCGUGUAAAUAUUGCGUCGACAUGUUGUAUUUAUUUAAGCAUCGAUUCGGCGCCAAAAUAAUGAACGCUUCAUUUACGCACUGCGAAUUUGCCACUUGAAUGAACGCGCUACAUGCGACCGAAUUCAUUUUUGUCAUUUAUCAUUUAUCAUUUGUACGCGUGAUGCUUGAUGAAUGGUGCCACUUUGCUGAUUGGAUUUUUUCUUGUUUCGACACUCUAUCGCUCUCGUUGGCAUUUCCUUUCAUUUUCGCCACAAGUGAAUGAACAAACGGGAAAAAGAACCAACGUUUCCUUGUGAAUGGCGUUCAGGUUGAUGAGAACAACGGAAGGAACGGUGUCCCAUGCUCUUUGAUUUCAUUCAAAUUUAUUAAUUUAUGCGCACCCAAAAAAUAUGCCCAUGGUUUUUUCAACCAUGGCUCCGAUUCACACAGGCAAACCUUUUCCGAGAAUUGUUAUUAACCGAAAUGAAUUGUACACUCUCUGAUUUUGACACCGGGUAAACAGCUGACGGAGAAAAAAGAGGAGCGAGAGCGAGAGAGAAAGAGAAAUCGAAAAUGACGGUCAAAAAAUAACGAAAUUAAUUGGUCUUCAUUUAUGAUUUUAUCAAUUGCACGAAAUAUCAGACUGUGAAUGUGUUUACCCACACGUUGUCGGCUCGAAAAUUCGCACUCUAUUCCGUUCACCUGUUGUAAAAGUCGCGAAAUCCGCCCGACGAUAUAUUCGACCGGAAUAUUUGUUAUUCGGAUUUAUUUUAUCAUUUUUAUUUUUGUAUGUGCUGUGCCGUGCUCUGUCUGCCCACUGAUACGCUUUCAAUGAGCCGCUCUUUAUCUCACUGUGCAAUAUUUAUUCCAAAUGUCCAUUAUAAUUGAGCCAGAUGAUUGUAGCGGAUGCUUGUGUCAAACAUUUCGUCAACGCUACCUGUUGGUGUGUGUGUGUGUGUGUAUAAUUCCGUACCCAACGAUGAAAAAAACUGAUUUUUCGCUCCAUUGUUUGCUUAUGAAUUUAAGCAAACAUUUUCGGUUUUUAAAUUGUGAAUUUAGAACGGUGACGUUUUCACCUGAAUUUUCGAACCAUCAAAAAUGGCGCAUUUGAUAAAUGCGAUGGAAAAUUUCCAUUGGAAACAUAUUUUUCACGAAGCAAAUAUUUUCGUUGUGGGUCGAUAAUUUUCGUACUUGUAACAACGAAUCGAUUCCCGGUAACAUGACAAAAUUCCGCCGUAAAUGGUUCAAUUGAAAAUACCCAUUUUAAUCAUGUGCAUUUUUGCGUAAUUGUCCUCCAUUCAACAACAUAAUUUGAAUAAAAUUAUUCCGAAAAUGUUGCAAUUUUCGUGAAAACAUUUUCACAUGUGUCACAUUUUUGGCGAAUGAAUUGUGUAGUGACACAUUGUGUGACAGAUUGUGUAUGAGAUACGUUGGAAAAUCAACCAAUAGGUAAAUUAUGUCGUGCCGAAAUAUCGAAUCGAUAUGCAGUCAAUGGAAUUUCAUAAUAUGAUGCACAAUGCCAUUUGCAGAUAUCGACGUCUAUGGGUGUCUGUUGCAUGCGCACAUUGACCACUACAUCUGCCAUGGUGAGCUUAUAGAGAUGCUAAAAAAUUAGCUAUUUGCAUUCGUGCCGUUCUCACCAGACACUCACACGCAUAUAAUCGCCUGCGGCAAUGAAAAUGUCCAGAAGUCCCAUUGAAAAUGCAAAACAUCGUACAUUGAAAAUCAAAUGGCGACUCUUUAUUUAUUACCUAGCAAACCAUAAUGCAUCGUCAAUGCCGAAAUUCCAUUUAUUCGCGUGCAAAUGGAUCUUUAUCCAAGCACCACGACCAUCGCCACCAACGGCAACUACAAUCAAAUGUCAUGAACAAAAUGCACACAUAUGACAGAUUAUGAUGAUGAUUUCGCAGAUAUUUACAUUUUGUAAACCGAACAUCAAAUGGCACGAUCAAUUUUUCCGCCCGAAAAUUUCCCAAAAUUAUGUUUAUAUUUAUCAUGCCUCAAUAUCUCUUUCUCUCUGUGGUAUGAAAAUUCAUGUGCAUUACAGAACGCGGAAAACAAAAUUGCAAUGCCAAUUCAUAUUUCAGCGCUUGGAACAAAUCCCAUCGAUUCGUUUAUACAUCCAGAGAUAAUCAAUCAAUCACGGAUUGUGUAUUGAAAAUGCCAGCAAAAAGAAUGUUCGAUCGGAAAAAACUUCUCAAAUCAAAUCGUGUGGCCAUAAUUAUUUUCAAUUGAUCGAAUUUACGGAUCUACGUUGGUUGAAUAAAUUUUGAUGUUCCUACUUUCGGCUGAAUCGAAUUUUGUGAACGAAGCAUGCGGCUUUUUGAAUGAAAACAUUCUAUUGAAACAUGUGUUAUGCAUCAACUGUUCGAGAUUGUCUUUUGGUGAUUGACAAACUUUUCCGAUAUUUGUUGACGCAAGUGAAACCGGGCUCACAAGGUCGCCGUACACCAAACACACUAUUUUCCUUUCUAAAAAAGUUACAUUAUCGACGAGACUGAAAUUGAAAAGAAGGGCAAAGUGGGGAUAACUUGCUUUCGUCGAAUAAGUUUGCAACCUGUUUUUUGCUUACGAUCUCGUCGCAUUUUCCAUCACAAUAGUUAACUUCGAUUUAUCCUUUUUGAUAUAAAAUUCCAUGAACGCAGAGUAUGUCAAAGUCAUCUACAUCCGCUCCCUUUUUUUCUCCCUGCUUCUUUGUCUGUCCCUCUGCUGACACUUUUGCCAGAAUAGGAAAUAGCACGCAUAGCUGGGAACACACUGAACCAUUACUUUAGUUAAAAUAGAUUGCAUAAUGUGUCAAAGAGCAUAGUAGAUGUAGUCGGUUGGAAUGACGCGCUUUCCGCAUUUUCUGUGCAUGUAAAUCGAAUUUUAUUACAUUGCGGUUGCUGUAAUGAUGUUUGAGUUGCUGUUGCCCAUGCCCCAUGUCCCAUGUUCGUUUGGCAAAAUGAUUAAAGCUGAUGCAAACACCAGAGAGUUACAAUGCGAGAUUUGCGCACACAUCGAGCAUACCGACAAACGCGCGAACUCUCAUAAAAUACACUCGUAAAUUUAUUGUUCAAUUUGCUUGAAGGAUCGUAAAUAUGCCACGCUCCAGUAAAAUUUUCUCCGAUCUAAUGACACAGCUCACCGCAAUUGCUAACCAUUAAUGAAUGUGCAAUGAUCCAGGGGAAUGGCAUGUUCCAUAGGCAAUGGUGGCGGGGACGGCAGCGGUGGCACUGUCAGAAUAUUUCCGCAUGCCGGAAUCACUUUGUAUUUUGCAAACAUUCUACAACCAUUCGCAAGAUGAUGUGCUUUUCCCUUAGCACAUAAACAUUUUAUUUACAAUUAGUUUUAAAAAAAUCAUUUUAAUGUGCCACGAUGUUGGAAUGAGGCAUUCAUGGUGCGAGCCAUUUUGGUUCCGCAAUAUUUCAUAAAAACCUAUAAGCAUAACGGCUGUAUUCCACACAUGAGCCUCAUUAUUUGAUUUGCUAUUUCGAAAUAAGCACGUUUCGCGCAAGCAUUUAUUGCAUCGGCGAUGCAGCAUCGCAAACAAAUUCAUCGUCACAUUUAUGUGCAAAUUCGGUAACAUUGCAUCGAGCGUAAGAAAUACAAAUUUACUGCAACAUUCCAAAUGAAUCGAUAAUAAAAGUGUAUGUCAUAAUCUGUGUUGGAGUGCGGGAAUGAGUUUGGAGCUCAAAAAUUAUAUCACAUGUUGAAGUAAUCAAAAAGCCAACCAACUGGUCACUCGUUUCGUCUGGAAAUGGCCGUAAAGCAAUUACAAGGAAGCCAAAAACUUUUCAACAAUGAUAAUUUAACGCCACACACCACAUGUGUGCACACUGCACACAGUCCCUAUCAAAAGUUAUAUCAAGCGGUUCGUAAAUAGAUAAUGGCUCAGAAUGGCUUGAACACAACCAUUUCAACAAAUUACACCCGAAUGCUCAGUGAGAUGAACCGGAAUGCUACUAAUGGCGACAAGGAUUGGAGCUUCGAAACGUUACAACAAACACGAUAUAUCAUUCAACGUAUAAUUGUACCGUGCGUAGUAACGAUCGGCAUAGCCGGCAAUCUACUAACAGUCAUCGUUUUAACCAGGCGACGGAUGCGAUGCUCAACAAAUAUUUAUUUAACAGCACUCGCAAUCGCCGACAUAAUCAACUUAUUUUGUGCAUUCAUUUUAUCGUUGCAACAAUAUCCUGGCUAUAAGUUCGGCCAUGUUUUGUACUGGAGCGCAUUCGGUCUAUCGAAUUGGUUUCAUGAUGCAUCACUGUACAUAUCGAUCUAUUUGACUGUGAGCUUCACAUUGGAGCGUUACAUAUCGGUGUGUCAUCCAUUACGCGGCCAAGUUCUGUGCACUGAAUCCCGUGCAAAGAAGGUGAUAACCGCCGUUGUCAUUCUAUGUUUCCUUUGUACAAUAACCACAAAUUUCGAGUACGAAUUGAAAUGUUCCAAAGUUGGCUACGACUUUCUGAAAGGAGAACGUUGCAUUUUCAAAUCAGCCCACGACGAUGCACUUUGUGCUGUGGAUGUAUUUGAUCGAAAGUGUCAGAUGGUUCGGUUUGACGAAUCAACUGGCAAACCGUGCUCAGCCAAUCAAACCAAAGCCAGCGGAUUAUGUCAAGAGGUUCAUUCGUAUAGUGUAAAAGAUUCGGACUUCAGUCAAACGCCGAGCUAUAAGAAUUUUUUCUAUUACCCAUCGACGUUUCUCGGCACGCUAUUGCCGUUUGUGUUACUGAGCAUUUUAAAUGGUUUCCUCAUUUGGACUGUGCGAAAAUCACAUAAGAUGAGACAUGCCAUGACUAAUACCAGACAGGACACAUCACAAGAAAAUAAAGUGACCAUAACUUUGAUUGCUGUCGUAAUUUUAUUUUUCAUGUGUCAAACACCGAACGCCCUUCAACUGUUGCAUAUUAUACAUCUGAAUUAUCAUUCAAACCGCGACUUAGUAUUAAAUAAUAUUUUCAAUUUGCUGAUAACGGUGAACGCUGCUUCCAAUUUCAUUUUGUAUUGCAUGCUGUCGGACAAGUAUCGUAAAACGGUUAAAUCGUUAUUCUGUGGUGUGCGACCAAUGCGGCGCAACACAAUAUCCUCGUCCAGAUUCACAAGUGCUCGAACCACAUCAAGUUUUUACAGUCGGGCGCGUAACAGCAACAUAUUCAGUAUGCCCGUUUACAAGAACCGCGGCCCCCGAUUCUCCAUUUCCAAGGAGGAAUAUGCAAAUUUGCAGGCAGAAACAUCAAAACGAAAUCGAUUUUCAAUAUCAACACCCGCAUCACAGUGUCGCAACAACAGCAUUGGAACAGGGAAUGAGAAUACGGAAGAGAUUCAACUGAAAACCACGACGACGACUCCGCACCCACCGAAACCGGAAAAACAUCGCAUAAAAAAUAUUCGAUUUUCGUUUACGCCAUCAAAUCUAAGUUUCAAGCACAAAUCGAAAAAUGAACCGCCACCAGUUAUGAAAAUCGACGAAGUACAAGACGAAAAACCAAGCUCAACGGAAGAGCUCAAAGGUACAACCGAACCAGAUGAGGCAACACCUGAUCCGGAUAAAUCGAGCGUCAAACGUGAUUCCACGAUUUCAACUCAUUCGUUUCUGCGACCCAGUCCAAGCGAAACCAGUUUAACACGAAGUCGAUCACUUCAAUUUCCACCCAAACCAAAACAUUCGCCUGAAUGCAAACAUAAUCCAUAUAAGUUGUAAGCUUUAAGGAUAGCAUUUUAAUUUAACAUUGUUAUAGAUAUAAUUGUAAAUAUGACACACAGAAAUAUUCGUUGAUUUCUUUUUUUCUUUUCUGAUUAAAUUGUACAAAACCGAAAUAAAAUUAAUUUUGAUUUUUUCAAAAUGGAAACUCAACGCU